AUGUCGACUGGCGUUGACGGCCGACUUCUUCAAAACACUCAUUCUUAUCCAAAUCCCGGUUCCAGUGCUAGCAGACGCCCUGCAUCGCGGGCUCCUGAACCUGCGAGUUCCCCGACAAUUCGACUGUCCACCGAUCUCCCCCAGAGCUCGAUAAGAGUGACCAUGCUUCAAAGCCAGAGAUCUCGCUUCCUGAAGACCGGGGCUAUUGUUGGCACUCUAUUGCUGUUGAUCUUCUGGCUCACGCCCUCGAGAUCGGUAACGACGAGCGUCCCGCACCAGCAACCGUCCACGGGUGCCGGCCCUUCAACGGAAAAGUGCUCCAAGCCUUACGACUCAUCGAAACCACUAAUCCAAUAUGCACUUAUGAUUGAUGCCGGAAGUCAAGGCUCCCGCAUUCACGUCUACCGAUUCAACAACUGCGGCCCUACCCCCGAACUCGAGCAUGAGGAAUUCGAGCAGACAGAGAAGAAAGAGGGUGGCUCUGGGUUAAGUGCGUACAAGGACGAUGCGGAGGGUGCCGCUAAAAGCCUUGAUCCUCUUAUGCAGGUGGCCAUGAGGACUGUUCCCGAUGAAUAUAAGUCUUGCUCUCCGGUUGCUGUGAAGGCCACUGCUGGAUUGCGUGUGCUUGGACCGGAGAUGAGCCAGAAAAUUUUGGAAGCCGUUAGAACCCGUCUGGAGACGAUCUACCCCUUCCCAGUCGUUUCACGGGAGAAGGGUGGCGUUGAAAUCAUGGAUGGCUCGGACGAGGGUGUUUACGCCUGGAUCACCACCAAUUACCUGCUUGGAAAGAUUGGCGGCCCCGAUGAGACCCCCACCGCUGCGGUCUUUGAUCUGGGUGGCGGCUCGACUCAAAUCGUCUUCCAGCCCACAUUCGAGAAGAGCCAGUCGGGUGGUAUGCCCGAGCGCCUGGCUGAGGGGGAUCACAAGUACGACCUUCAGUUCGGUGGGCGGCACUUUGAGCUGUACCAGCACUCCCAUCUUGGAUAUGGUCUCAUGGCUGCUCGUCAAUCGGUUCACAGAUCUAUUGUUGAGUCGAUGCUGGCUGCCAGCCCCAAGGACUUGACCUGGUUGAAGCAGCCCAUUGCCAAUCCCUGCAUUGGGCCAGGAAUGGAACGCGAAGUGAAGAUCAAAUUUCCCGAUGAGCAUGCCCUUGGACCGGAGCAGACUGUCAAGAUGAUGGGCCCCAAGGAGGGAGUGUCUUCGGCUGCGCAGUGCCGCGGUCUGACGGAGAAGCUACUAAAGAAGGAAGCCGAGUGCAAGCUUGCACCCUGCUCUUUUAACGGUGUCCACCAACCGUCGCUUGCCAAGACGUUCGCCAGGGAAGAUGUGUACAUUUUCUCCUACUUUUUCGAUCGCACAAAGCCACUGGGGAUGCCCAACUCUUUCACAUUGGAAGAGUUGCAUCAGCUCACGUCAACCGUCUGUGGUGGUGAGCCGCAUUGGAAGAUCUUCGAAGGAAUCGAGGAUGCCCUGCAUCAGCUGCGCGACCGGCCUGAGUGGUGCUUGGAUCUGAACUUCAUGUUGGGUUUGCUCCACACGGGCUACGAAAUGCCUCUGUCGCGCGAAGUUAAGAUCGCCAAGAAGAUCAAGAACAGCGAACUCGGCUGGUGUCUUGGUGCAAGUUUACCCCUGUUGAGCAAGGAAUCUGGCUGGACCUGCCGCAUCAAAGAGGUUUCGUAA